AUGAUAGUCUGGGCUGUCCUCGCUCUGGGUCUGUGUGGUGUUCUACCUACACUAACAGAGGUUGUCAACGACUUCACACGCUGUUCAGGGUUCUUCUACAAAGGAAGCCAACCUCAAGGUUUUGAUCAAAAUGCCCAAAAAAUAUGUCAAAAGUUUGAAAAUAGCUCGUACUUCUUCGCUUCGCUGUAUUCUACUGCCAAAAGGACCCCACUCUACAGCGCCUACACCUUUGACUAUGCGUGCAACAACCAGGAGGGACGGAAAACUGGGAACUGGUUCAUUGAGCCGCAGAUGUUCCCCAGGGUGAGGAACAUGACUUACGGUAGGGCCUCGUUCCACCAUUACGGUCCUCACCUGUGGAACAGCCUGCCGGAGAGCCUCAGGGCUGCAGAGACCCUCUCAAAGCACGAGAUUCCUGCCUAUUCAACUGUGGCUUACAUGAAAAGCUACACUACAAGCGAGUCACAAAAUAUCAAAGCCAAACAAGCUGUUAAUGCUGACUACUCGCACACUGGCUAUGACCGAGGUCACCUGAACCCAAACAGCUACCAGUGUGGUCGAGGGCGCAUCGCCACCUUCACCCUCACCAACAGUGCCCCCAUGGAUGCCUGCUUCAACCGGGUCCACUGGAAAGAAUGGGAGACUGCAGUGAUUCGAAUUUUAAAAGACCAAAACCCAGCAGGUACAGCUUACCUGGUGACAGGGACUGCUUACCAGUUGACAGGGACUGUACCCUCAGAACACAAAAGAAUACCAGUGCAGGGGAUUUUUGAUAAUGAUAAUGAAAGGGACUACAACAGGGUGACAGUCCCCACACAUAUCUGGACAGCAGUGUGUUACGAUCAUCCAGAUGAUGAAGAGGAGUCCUUCUCUUUUGGUUACAUAGGAGUAAAUAAACCUGAUGGCAUUAUCAAAGUCAAAUCAGUUCAACAGCUGAAAAGGCGCCUGUCUGACCUCUACUGCAGCCCCAACUUAAACAUUUUUGCUGAUGACUGCUCUUUUCCAAAUAGCAAAAAGGGUAAAUCGGAGAUGCUGGUGAAGAAGCUACUUAGAACAGUUCAGCUGCCAAUGGUAAACCGACUCGGCAUGUCUCCAGAUGCCGGGAAUCUUCUUCACACCGCCUUGAGCCACUCCGAUGAUGAGGGACAGUUGCAUCCUACAAAAAGAGUCAAGUUCACAGACAUCAAAGUAGACUUCAUUUACAACUCUGUACAAACAUGGAUGACAGGAAUGGAGGACUUGAAAUUUGCCAGUGGACUUUCUUGCUUGUUUGAUACUCCCUUCUAUGGGAGUAUCGUCGCAGAUCAUCCCCCAGCCGUGAGGGAUGAGCUGCGACGCAAAAGACAAACAUCCCAGGAGCUCGUCUGCAGACUUAGACCAGAGGUCCUAGAUGACUGCUCAACCUCCUGCCUGUACGUAGAUCAAGCUAAAGACUACUAUUGCUCCACCGGAAACAUAACUGUACGAUGCUCGCCAACAUACUCAGACAUAACCGUAGAAGGACAGAGAU